ACCCUAAAUCCUCUCAUUAUUCCUCACCCAUCGAUAGCCAUUAAAAACAUUCAAUAUCAUUAUUCCUCUUCAAAUGGCUUCCAAAAUUUCCUCAGCCACUUCCCUUCUCCUCCUCUUCAACCUCCUCUUCUUCACUAUGGUCACCUCCACCUACGUCCCUUGCCCGCCGCCACCACCGAAGCACCCUAAGGGCGUUCCCUCGAAGCAACCGGCGCCACAGCCUCGGUGCCCGAAGGACACUCUCAAGCUCGGCGUUUGCGCGGACUUGCUCGACGGUCUAGUGCACUUGGUGAUCGGUAAGCCACCGAAAACUCCAUGUUGCACCCUAAUCCAGGACAUAGCUGAUCUUGAAGCUGCUGUUUGUCUUUGUACCGUCAUUAAAGCCAAAGCCUUAGGGCUCAACAUUGACCUCUCAGUUUCCCUCAGCUUACUCUUGAACUAUUGUGGAAAGAAGGUUCCAUAUGGCUUCCAAUGCCCAGCUUGAGACACUACAAUAAAGUAGGCCUUUGAUGUCGGUCCAAAAAAAAAAAUAUACUACAAUAAUCUUACUUAAUUAUCCUUUUCAUUUUCACUCAAGUUUUGUUCUUGAACUUUUCCAUUUGGGUUAUUUUAUAUUGUGUGUGUUUUGAAUGUUAUGUUUGGUCAUUAUGAUCUGUUUUGUGUUUUAAUGAUGGGUUUGGAAAUCUUCUUAGAAUUCCACCAUCUUCUAUAGGCUUCAUUAUAGCAAUGUCCUUGUUUAUGUGUAAUAUAAAAAAUAUAGAUACGUAGCUUUUGGAAUAAAAACAAGAAUGUUUUCCUUUA